GAAGGAAAGAGAAUUUCAUCUGUAAGAGAUUUGAUUGAGCGUUUUUGUUUGAGUAAUACAUAUAAAGGCCAUGUUGCAAAAUGUGUUAAAUCUCAUGAAUGAUGAUCGGUCUCAUAAAUCUUCAUGACUCAAAGUAUUUUUUUUUGGCAUUCAAAUAUUUCGUCAUUUUUUAUUAACCUAACUUCCUGUUUUUUGCUUUUUAUUGCACAACGCUUUGACCAACUCCUUGUUUUCAAUGUGUUUCAUUAAUAAAACUUCUCAGAGUUCUGGGUUUUUUAACAACUGUGAUUCUCUGUUUUUACUUCGGAGGCCGGCAGGAAAAAACUCUGGAGAAUGUUGGGUUCUUACGGUUCUUCAGGUUUACAACUAAAAAAAGUCAAAAUGAGUAGAAGAGAUACAGAAGCUAAGUUAGAGGGACACAAAUGCAUUAGAAAUUAAUUUUUUGGGGCUUUAAAUCGUGAAUAUAAAGCCUGUAGUAGAAAAUCGUAAACGCAGCCUCAGAUCAAAACCAGUUCUGUGUGAGAGAUCCAUGGAUCUUAGACUUUUCAAAGUAUGUAUAUAUCGGUUGGACGUUGUAUUUUAAAAGUUGAACACAUUCCCAACGGACUCACAAAAAAUCCACAAUACACACGAAUCAGAAUAAAUUAAUGUCCGCAGAUGCUCGGUCGCAUAAUUGCGAUGCAACGUGCGUUUACAUAUUGCUAAUUGAGCCGGUUGCUGCUAUUGUGCUACUAAUUGACCGCCAAUUACGUCAUUAGUCUGUGUUAGCCUGUUUUGAUAAGGACUUAACUACCUGGAGCUGAGAUAGGUGCAGAGCCUCCAAUAUCUCCGUAACCGAUCUGGGCUGUCUGCCGCUGACAACAUGUAAAUUACCCACAAUUAACCCCGGCAUCUCCGUCUGAAUGCAAAUGAAACAGUGAAUGCUAACGUUUAAGCUUUUCUGACGGUCGGAGUCGAGACAGAAGUUGGUCGCACACGGUGCAGUUCGGCUGCUGCGGUCAACACUUUGCCAAAGUGAUGCAGAUCUCAGUCCAGAGCUUCAAUCCCAGGAAAAGGGAACUUCUGGGAUUGUGACUGGGAACUAAAUCCAGACGUCAAUUACAUUUGUUUUCAAAAAAACUAAUCAGUUGUAUAGAAACACAUUUUCUAGAAGACAGCCAUGUUUCCAUGCUGCAUAAACAUCACUGCUGUGCCACAAGGACGGUUUUACUCAACCUCUGUUUACUGCUGAUUAAACCAAGUUACACUCAUCUCCCACUGACACCUCCCACACCAGGACUCGUAUUUAUUAAAGAAUCUCAGAGUAGGAAAAACUAUAUCGACGUUUCUGCUCUGAGGCUCGAGAAUAGAAGCAUUUUAACUCUCUCUUAACUGAAGAAGAGACACAGUCUUGUUUAGGAGUGAGUGGAACGGGCUGAGGACGUUUACUGACGCAGUUAAAUGUGUAAAAUUAUUGUCCCUACGAUAUCUGUCAAGAAUAAAAUCCUGUAAAAUCUCCUCUCAUAGGAUCAGUAAUGUGCGUGUUGCACUUUAGUGUCUGAUAAACCUUCAAACUCUAACUAACCAGCUGUCCUGAGUCGUUUUUAAAUAUCAAAGAUGAGCAAUUUAACAGAUGAAAUUCAGGCAGGAAAAAGGCUUUAAACAUAAAGAAAGAAAAUCCUUCACACACAGAUUAGAAAUGACAGUUUAGCUCCAGAUACAAGUUGAACUUGUUUCUGAAGCUAAACUGUCAUUUCACUUUUUCUUUGUCAGAUUUUUUUCGCUCGAGGCAGAAUGUGGAAUUUGAAAACGUGACAGAUUUAUUACACCCUUUAUUUUAGUGGUUGUGAGUUGAGGUUGAUGUCUGGUCUGAUUUAUUUAGUAGAGAGAUUCUGGAAAAUCAUGCAAAAACAAAAUCUUGUUUCCCUGGAGCAACUCGUCUCCCCUCCGCUCCCCCCCGCCCCCCCUCCCCCUGAGAACUAAUGGCUGAUGGUAAUCACAUUUAAUGAGAUCAUGGGGUCGUCUACUGGGUGCACUUCUGCAAAUUGUUCUCAGCAGGGGGUCUGGAGUGGGAUAGGGUCGGGGCCAGCGGGGCAGUGGAGGUCGGGGCCAGGAGUGUUUGCUCAGUGUUUGGGGGCCCGGGCUCCACAGUGGCUUUACCUGUCACUCAGGGAGCAGCGAACCAUGUCAUGCAUUUGCCAGCUUUUGUCCUCCUCAUUUGUUUGUCUGGCGUAGAUAACCACACGGAGGUGGCGCUUGUCUCGGCUCCAUUGUGUGGAGGCUGUUGUCAGGCCAUCACGUCCGUCCAUCCCCUCCCGGGCCCAGCUCCCCUCGCUCCCUUUCUCCCCGCUCCGCGACUGGUCAUUUCGCCACUGUCCUCUGGCUGCGGGGGGUAACCUGGGCAAUUUAGUUAAUCCAUUAACAACUAAUUGUCUCCUCCUACCCUGGUGCUUGGACAAACAAGCCUGGUGGGGGGGCUGUGAGGGGACCAAUAAAAGUCGAGCUGGAGCAGGAGGCAGCACAACCGCUGCACGGACCCCUUCACUCUCUACACACUUACUGGAGGUUUUGACUUUGUGGAUUUCCUUCGACCGUUGAGUCACAGACCAGUGACCUGUUUUUCCUUUUUUCUUAGAAUCACCGUGUCUUGAGUUUUUUUUUGGUUUCACUUCCUCUUGCUCCAUUUAUUUUGUUCGCGGUUGUUGGACAUGUCGGGGAACCUGUGGAUGCUCGUGUUGUGUCUGUGCGUCUCCUGGGCCGAGGCUCGUAUUUGGGCCUGGAUGCUCAACAUGCCUCAGAGCCCCCCCAAAGACGGAGCACUGAGAGAAGGCCCUCACGUCUCCAAACCAACCAUGGCUCUGUGCGACCAGGACAGGACUUGUGGGCGGGGCUUUUCCUGCGACCGCCACUUCGGUCUGUGCGUCCCUCUGCGAGGAGAGAGCCACUACUGUCGCCGGGACGCUCAGUGUGUCCGGGGCCUCAGCUGCAUGUUCGGCAAGUGUCACCGCAGCAUUCCCAACGGACAAGAAGGUGCCAGAUGUAAAGUGGACAGGGAUUGUGGGGCGUCCAUGUGCUGCGCCCGCCACCACGGGGAGCAGGUGUGCAAGAGGCGUCUGAUUCGUGGAGAGAGCUGCUACGUGCCGGACGGCGGCCUGGCGUUCAGCAUCAACCAGAUCUGUCCGUGUGAUGAGGGGCUGCUGUGUCGGGACAACAGUGCACCACACAGGAGAGAGAGGGAUUUCAUUUACCAGCCAGAACGAACCAGUUGGACCUGUCAAGUUCCCAAAACCUGAGAGCGGCCUCAUCCAGUUAUUUAUUAUGUACAUAUGUUGUAUAUGAUUGUAUAUAAAGAAAUGUUUAUGUUUCCAAAUAUGUUUUUAGAGCAAGACUGUUUUUUUCAUUUUGCUAAUUCUGCCUAAAGCACUACUGUAGCAGAGCUCAACAAAGCCUCAUCGACCUCCUCGUGCGUUUAGUGAUCUGUGAGUUUGUCUGAUCAUGUUUAUCUCCGUCAGCUUAAAGAAUAAAAAUCUCUUUUUCAA